AUGGAAUCACAACGUUGUCAUCACUGUGGUCUUCCCGGUCAUAAGAAAUACGAAUGUAACAGUAAAUGCCGUAGCAAUUGCCGUGUCGGUUGCAGGUGGGGCGAGAAAUUCACUGCCAGACGUCCGCCAAUUGUACACAGAGGUAGUUUGGAAAUACAAGAGAUUAAUGGUGGACAUCUAAGUUUGCCUCAACAAUAUCCUCAUAACGUCAAUGAUGUUCGAUUUAGUCAUAACGUUCAGCAGGGUUCAAUGCAUUUACAACAAAAUGUAGCAGAGAAUUUGCAACAACAUGCUUCUAGUAACAUGCAACAACAUAUACCUGGAAAUUUACAACAACACGUAACUGGAAAUAUGCAACAACAUGUUACCGGAACCCUGCAAGUUAAUAACGCGAGUAUUCCACUUUUUGGGCAGCAAUCAAAUGGAAAUAGUGCGGCAGCAGCACUUUUGGAUCCAACAUUAGGGCCACUUCUUCAAAGUGCCUUGGAAGUCUGGCCUUUUUUACAACAUUAUCCACAGCAACAAACGCAACAGAUAAAUAAUACAAAUCUUUUUGGAUCUCAAGCAUCGAAUCAGCAAGCCCAAACAUUUCUUUUGCAACAUAAUACUCAAAAUCUAGGAUAUGUGCAAAAUCCACAACAGACGGCGCAAUACCUCCAGGCUCAACUGCAACAAUUGUUGAGUGCGAGUAUGAAUAAUGUUAAUGUUAAUAACGCUGCAUCACAAGCAGUUUCAACAGUAGAUUCGCAAGUGCCUAUAACGAUGACGUCUGCGCAGCCGUUCGCGCAACAAAUUGUUCCAAGCUGGAACGGUAAUCAAGUUAAUGUUAACCAAUCCACAAAGGAUAACAAUGUGAGUUCACUUAGCUUGAUUGUGCCAACUACGACAUCGGAUCCACCAAUAAAGGAAGAAGUAUUAUCUGAUAAUCAAGUGCCUUUAGAACGACAAGAAAUGACCGAACGACUAGAAAUGACAGAACGACAAGAAAUGACAGAACGACUAGAAACGACAGAACGACCAGAAACGACAGAACGACCAGAAAUGACAGAACGACCAGAAAUGGCAGAACGACCAGAAAUUACAGAACGACCAGAAAUGGCAGAACGACAAGAACGACAAGAAAUGACAGAACGACUAGAAAUGACAGAGCGGUUAGAAAUGCCUCAACAAGAGAAGGAGGCAACUGAGCAACAGACGCGAAGACCUGGAGAGACGAACGCCGAAAUAAUUACGAAACUAAAAGCAUUAAGAGACAAGAUUAAGAAAGGUUUACAUCCCAGAAUUAAACCCCCGAGAUGGGUUCCCUGUAAUCAACAAGACAUCAGUCGUCAAAGUGAUCUAUUAGGAUUAGGAAUGCGAGAAAGAAGCCCAGCAAUGACGGGCGUUGAGCAAUGGCCGAGUUCACCGACAAUUUAUAGAUCACGGCGGAGCAGAUCUCCAUUUAAUGCUUAUAGGUAUGAAAAAGAGGGCGCAAACUCUGAUUACAGGAGAUAUCGAAAUCGAAGUAGAUCUGCGAGUCCAAGAAGAGCUGUUCGGAAUGAUUAUAUUUUAACGGGGUCAGUAUCUCCUAGCAGAUUUCGUACUCGAUCAAUAACCGAAUACGAUGAAAGAUAUUAUGUUCGAAAUCCCGGACAAGAAUUUCGUGAUAAGUACCCACCGCGUGGUGUGUCAAUGGCUAUGUACGAAGAACUAAGACACGGUAGACAUAAUGAAAGAUACGAACGACCUUUCGGGCGAUCUAGGUCCCCGAUUGGAUACCCAGGAGGCCGUAGACCGAAUGUUUGGCACGGAGAACCAUACGAAAGAGAGAGACCCGGUCAUGAAUUCCAUUACGAGUUUGCACACCGACGGCAAACUAGUCGUUGGUAG